CCUAACCCGGACCCCAGCCCGGACCCUAACCCGGACCCCAGCCCGGACCCUAACCCGGACCCCAGCCCGGACCCUAACCCGGACCCCAGCCCGGACCCGGACCCGGGUCCGCUCUGCUGCCUCCAUCUCCUGCUCCUCCUCAGGCGGACCGAUGGACGGCCUGCCCGCGGCGACCAUGGAGCUGAAGCCGAGCAUCGAGUACCACGACCUGGAGGCUGCUGAGGCACUCGUCAGCAUGAGCUUCUGGGGUCAAAGGUCACACAAACCCCGCCCCCUGACUCCGACCUCUGACUCGUGUGACUCCAUCCAGCUCCAGGCAGAGGGAGGCGACGCCCCCAAAGACCUGAUCGCUCUGUCGUCACUGUGUAUGACUCCGCCUCACAGUCCGAGCUUCGCUGAGUCCUCCAGCCCCCCCGCACUGAGCCCCGCCCCCAGACCAGACUUCCCCCGCCUGGCGCUGUGCAUAGGCCCCGCCCUCCUCAGCGACUCCUCCUCCCUCUUCCCCUCGGACACCUCAGCACUGUCGUCCUGCGUGGCUCCGCCCAGCAGAGCCACGGCCACCAGCGUCAUCCGCCACACCGCCGACAGCCUCAGCGUUUCUCCUCCUCCUGCCCCCCCCCGGCCCGCCCCCUCCUGCAUCCCCCCAACAGACACGCCUCCUCGCCCAGGACUUCCAGAGACGCCUCCAGAGAAGAAGGAUGGACGUCCUCUGUCCCCCCCCCCCCCAGUGUCUUCCUCCCUCUCCUCGCCGGUCCCUUCCCCCCCGCUGCUCUGUCAGGUGAUCCCAGUGGGGGGGCGGACUGGGAUGAUCUCCGCCUUCGUCCAGGCUCCGGUUCAGAUGCACACCCCGGGGGGGCCGACGCCCCUCCUGCCCCCGGCCCCUCACAGCUUCACGCAGUCCCUGCUGCUGGGCUCGGCCAUGCCGCAGGGGACCGUGAUGUUCGUGGUCCCUCAGGCGCCCGCCUCCCAGGCGCCGCCCCCGGCCAUCAUGACCCUGGGCAACACCAAGCUGCUGCCGCUGGCCCCGGCGCCGGUCUACACGCCGCCGGGAGCGGGCGGCGCCACGCAGGCCGACUUCUCACGCAGGCGCAACUACGUCUGCAACUUCCCCGGCUGCAAGAAGACGUAUUUCAAGAGUUCACACCUGAAGGCUCACCUGCGCACACACACAGGUGAAAAGCCGUUCAGCUGUCACUGGGAGGGAUGUGACAAAAAGUUUGCCCGCUCCGACGAGCUUUCUCGCCACCGAAGGACGCACACUGGCGAGAAGAAGUUUGUCUGCAACGUGUGUGACCGGCGCUUCAUGCGCAGUGACCACUUGACCAAACAUGCUCGGCGGCACGUGACCUCCAAGAGGGCGACCUCCUGGCCCGCCGAAACCGGAGACCUCAACAGAGUGGCGCUGCCCACGCUUCCAGUGGGCGUGCUCAUUCCCAGCACCAACUAACAGACUCAGGAGCCCACAGGGCCGACUCAGGACCCCAGGAGGGGUGGGGGGGUGGUUCAGUCCGCUCCACCCGUCACAUCAGGACCUCCAUUUCUACUCCACACCUCCAUCAGCCAGUGAACACGUGACGACAACCGGGCCCCGGCUGCGUUCAUACACACCACAGAACAGGGUCAACUAUCACACCCGUUGAGUUGCCAUGGAAACCAGACCAGUUAUCUGUUUUACCAGACUGAUCUGUUUUGUCUCUUCAUGUUGCCAGUGAAACUAAACCUUUCUGAGCUGAGCAGCAUCGGCCAGACUCACCAGCUCCCCCCUGAGGCUGAAACAUUCACUACACUCCAACUGCUGAGAAAUCGGUCUCUUCUUCAGUGGAACGCACAGAGAAACGUCAGGAGAUUGUAAACACUCACACACACCAAGAUACUGUGACUGCAACACUUCAUGGUGGCUGACGCUAAGCUAACCGGCUACUGUUCUAAGCAUUAGCUCAGGGGCUACUGUUCUAAGCAUUAGCUCAGGGGCUACUGUUCUAAGCAUUAGCUCAGGGGCUACUGUUCUAAGCAUUAGCUCAGGGGCUACUGUUCUUAGCAUUAGCUCACCGGCUACUGUUCUAAGCAUUAGCUCAGGGGCUACUGUUAUUAGCAUUAGCUCAGGGUCUACUGUUCUAAGCAUUAGCUCAGGGUCUACUGUUCUAAGCAUUAGCUCAGGGUCUACUGUUCUUAGCAUUAGCUCAGGGGCUACUGUUCUAAGCAUUAGCUCAGGGGCUACUGUUCUUAGCAUUAGCUCAGGGGCUACUGUUCUAAGCAUUAGCUCAGGGGCUACUGUUCUAAGCAUUAGCUCAGGGGCUACUUUUCUUAGCAUUAGCUCAGGGGCUACUGUUCAUAGCAUUAGCUCAGGGGCUACUGUUCUAAGCAUUAGCUCAGGGGUUACUGUUCUAAGCAUUAGCUCAGGGGCUACUGUUAUUAGCAUUAGCUCAGGGGCUACUGUUCUAAGCAUUAGCUCAGGGUCUACUGUUCAUAGCAUUAGCUCAGGGGCUACUGUUCUAAGCAUUAGCUCAGGGGCUACUGUUCUUAGCAUUAGCUCAGGGGCUACUGUUAUUAGCAUUAGCUCAGGGUCUACUGUUCUAAGCAUUAGCUCAGGGUCUACUGUUCAUAGCAUUAGCUCAGGGGCUACUGUUCUAAGCAUUAGCUCAGGGUCUACUGUUCAUAGCAUUAGCUCAGGGGCUACUGUUCUUAGCAUUAGCUCAGGGUCUACUGUUCUAAGCAUUAGCUCAGGGUCUACUGUUCUAAGCAUUAGCUCAGGGUCUACUGUUCUAAGCAUUAGCUCAGGGUCUACUGUUGUAAGCAUUAGCUCAGGGGCUACUGUUCUAAGCAUUAGCUCAGGGGCUACUGUUCUUAGCAUUAGCUCAGGGGCUACUGUUAUUAGCAUUAGCUCAGGGGCUACUGUUCUAAGCAUUAGCUCAGGGGCUACUGUACACGUCAUCAAGGUGUGUUCACGCCUCUUAUGAUUAAGAAUAACCAGCUGUAGUAAUCAAGUGUUUUUGUAACCUGGUUAAAAUGUAAGUUUAGUUGAUGUAGACGUAGCUGGAGCCGGACGACAGCGAGUUUCCCGCCCAGCUCAGAACAUGUUCUUCCCACAAACUCACUGAGGAGGUAGAGGAGGAAGAGGAGGAAGAGGAGGAAGAGGAGGUAGAGGAGGAAGAGGAGGAAGAGGAGGAAGAGGAGGCGACAGGCUGCUAUUCAUCCACGGACAGAAACCAACAGAAACCUGACAUUGCACUGGAUUUUUUAAAUCUUGCUUGUUUUUGUACUCUCUCCGUGAAUAAUCAUGUUUACUACGUGUGUACAUGUCAAGUGGAGCUCAAUGUAUGCACUCGUUUUGUUUUUUGCCAAAGCCUCUGUAUUGUGCUUCUAUCGUUUGUUUGUGACUGUAAAUAAUGUAAAUAUAUUGAUAUCUAUAUCAAUGUUAUGUGUAUUCCAAUCUGCAUUUAUUACAGUACGAGUUAUUGAUAUUUUAAAAAUGUCAGUGGACAGUAUUCCUCAGUGUGAUACUACCUACUAUCUUUGCUUUACACAAUAUUAUUCUUAUUUAAUAAUUAUAUGUUGAGGAAAAAGUACUGUUUUUGAUAGCUUGAUUUGGCCCAAAGUGUAGCCAGUAAGAAAAUACCUCAUGUUAUUAAAUGUUAUUCUUAAUAAUAUCAACUUUUCUUGGAAUAAUCCCAUUUCUAAACAUUUGCCUGUAAGCGAUGGUGAAGAAAAUGGCUUUUAUAAUAAAAACUUAUCUCCAUCAUAA